GUCUCAGCACAAAAAAAAAAACGAUGUUCCAAAGUUAGACGAAGAAGCUCUGGUUGCUACAAAGAUGACUAAUAGAUAAGAGACACAUUUAUUUUUUUAAUUAUAUUCUUCAAAUGCUAUUAUGAUUUUUUUAGUUAGUAAUUAGUGAGUUUGUUUUUUUAUGCAGUGAUUUUAGAAGAUUUGAACUAUUCGUUCGGUGGAAAUCAGAGAAAGUAGAGGAUAAUGUGGGCGUCCAAUUCGUUGGUGGUAGAAGUUUUCAGUUGACGGUGCCAUCCAGGGUGACAUAUCACAAACUUUGUGAGAAACUAAUUCAGAGAAUACGGCGUAAAGACGAAAUAGUACAAGAUAGUGAUAUGAUCACAAGUUUCACUUACUGUCUUCCAAAAUGACAGAAUGGUGUUUUAUUUCAUUAUGCGAUGCCUAUUGUGGAUGAUGAUAGCUUGAAUGCGCUUUGAAAUUUUAUGGCACAAAAUCCUUUUUGUUUGGGUGCUGAGAUACAUGCUGAGCUCAGUGAGGAUCGGGGUGGAGAGGAAGAAGAUGAGACAUGGAGCAUGUCAUCCGAUCAUGACGAUGUUGACGGAGAGGAGGAAGAUGAUGAUGAGGAGGAGGAGGAGGAGGAAGAUGGGGAAGUAGAGCAGCCUAAUUAUCCUCUAAAUUUUUACUUGCAGGGUAAUAAAGAGGACGACGAAUUAUCAUAUGUUGAUUCAUAUGGAGUAAUUACAAUGCCUGUUGUUGCUGGUUUUGAAGGAGAAUUCUACAAGUGACAGAUAUUUCACUCGAAACAAGCUGCACAGCUGGCGAUUAAACACCACACACUAUAACGCAACUUUCAGUAUGCCGUGGUGGAGUCAUCACCUUCAAUCUGGAAGGUCAGAUGCUUGAAGCACAAGGAUGACAAUUGUCCUUCGAUGGUGCAAUUUGGAUGUCGAGAUGUUGGAAGCGAAUGCACUGUGUGAAAGGCCGAGUUGGUGCAUUCUUGUAGCAGUACGACUCAACCAACGGAUCAUCGUCAACUUGAUGUCGACGUUAUAUCUGAGUCCGUGAAACAUUUGGUACGUGCCCAACCAAAUCUGAGUGUUCUAACUAUGCAGGUCGAGUUGAAAGAUAAGUUUAAUAUGCAAGUUACUUACAAGAAGGCUUGGUAUGGGAAACAAAGAGCACUGGAGAAGUUGCAUGGAAAUUGGGAAGAAUCCUACGAUUAUUUGCAAACAUUCUUGCGGGUGGUAAAGAGAAAAAUGCCAACAUUAGUGAUUGAUUGGGUAAGAGUUCCUUCAUCGCAACCAGGUCAUUUGAUCUUUCAGCGAGUAUUCAGGGCAUAUGCACCUUGUAUAGAUGGAUUCAAGAAUUGUCCAGGAGUCAAGGUUGUUGAUGGAACAUUUAUUACUGGAAAGUAUAAAGGAGUGCUACUCAU